AUAACAAAUUAAAAUCCUUUGCAGGUUCUUGGAUCCUUUGUUUUCUGGAGACUAUCCUGCAAGUAUGCGCCAGAAACUUGGAGACAGUCUUCCUAGAUUUACUCCAGAAGAAAAGGAGUUAAUGCGUCAGAACUCAUGGGACUUUCUUGGCCUAAACCACUACACCUCGAGGUUGAUUUCUCAUGUCUCAAACAUGGAAGCUGAAAGUGACUUUUACAACGCACAAGAAAUGGAGAGGGCUGUUGAAUGGGAAAAUGGAGAGCCAAUAGGUGAAAGGGCUGCUUCCGAUUGGCUUUAUGUUGUGCCUUGGGGAAUCCGAAAGACUUUGAAUUACAUCAGCCAAAAAUACAACCAACCUCCAAUAUAUAUUACUGAGAAUGGUAUGGAUGAUGAAGAUGACGGAUCUGCCUCUAUUCAUGAUAUGCUCGACGAUAAGCUUAGAGUUGCCUAUUUCAAGAGUUACCUUGCCAAUGUCUCUUAGGCUAUCAAAGAUGGAGUGGACAUAAAGGGAUACUUUGCAUGGUCGUUGCUGGACAACUUCGAGUGGGCGCAAGGGUACACCAAGAGAUUCGGUUUGAUAUAUGUAGACUACAAGAACGGUUUAACCCGUCACCCAAAAUCAUCUGCGUAUUGGUUCAUGAAAUUUCUGAAAGGUGAUGAAGAGAACAAAGGUAAAAAGGAUUGAAAACAGAAAAAGGAAAACCAAAGCUACUACUACUUCAUAUACAUGAAUUCCAUUGUGAUGUUAUAACUUUUGUACCAAAUAGAUAAAUUAGUUGGUGAUGAUGGUAUAGAGCUAUAACAAACCUUAUGGCCUGGGCUACUCUUUCGUUUCAAACACAUUUUCUGAUAUGUUUCGAUCUUUUUUCACCCAACA